CUUUGCCCUCCUCUAUAUAUAACACUUUCUCUGCUCCAUACACUUUUUAUUUAAAAAUAAAAUUAAAAACCCGAUGGCUUUUUCAGCAGGCACAUGAGUUUUCCCCCAUUAAUACCUAUUAUAACCCUCUCUCUCUCCCCCCUCCCCUCUCUCUCUCUCUCUCUCUCUCUCUCUCUCUCUCAUAAUUUCUCUACUUUGCAAUUCGCCAUGGGAAGAGCUCCUUGCUGUGACAAAGCAAACGUGAAGAAGGGCCCCUGGUCGCCCGAAGAAGACGCGAAGCUCAAGUCGUACAUCGAGCAGCAUGGCACCGGUGGCAACUGGAUCGCCCUGCCUCAAAAAAUCGGUCUUAAGAGAUGUGGGAAAAGCUGUAGAUUGAGGUGGUUGAACUAUCUUCGUCCCAAUAUCAAGCAUGGGGAUUUCUCUGAGGAAGAAGAUAGAAUAAUUUGUAGCCUUUAUGUUAGCAUUGGAAGCAGGUGGUCGAUUAUUGCAGCUCAAUUGCCUGGCCGAACGGAUAAUGAUAUAAAGAAUUAUUGGAACACAAGGCUGAAGAAGAAACUAUUUGGGAAGCACCACCAACAGCAGCUGGUGAGAAGAGGAAGAAAAAUCAAAACCGAAAUUGGAAACUCCAUGGCUAUUGUUUUCGAUCACAAUCACGCUUUCAACCAAUCGCCUUACUUGCCGGAGUUAUCGCCGGCGCUAAAUUCGCCGCCGCCGUACUCAAAUUACCAAGAUCAUCAUCACGCCGCCGGAAGAUUAUUAUUUUCCGAUCACCAACCGCUUCAAUUCCCUUCUCAGUUCCCUUAUGGCCAAACCGGUGGCGCCGCUCAACUUGCGGUGGAGGAUGUGGGUUCGGGUCCGCGAAUCCCGGGCUGCCACGUCGGAGAGUUGGAGAAGCUCGUUUACAGCAAUACGGCGUCGUUCGAGGACGGGAUGCAGUUUUUAUACGAAGAGGAUGGUUCUUCAAAGAAUGGUAAUAGUGGGUUGAUUAGCGAUUUGGAUUGGGGGGAGAUGAGCUCUUUGAUUUCUGCUCCUUUAUUAUAUCCUUCCUCGGUGGCUAAUGAUUUGAUGAUUGGUUCGUCUUAUAAUUUGGAGCAGCAAAAGCUAUAGUUUCUAAUGAGAUUGAUUAAGAUUAAUCUCAAUGUACAUGAUGAUUAUAACCCAAUAGGUCAGGCUCCAGCUUUGUAGAAGUAAACCCUAAAAAGUUUUUAAAGCUUUAAGACUUUUUAUCAUUAUAAUAGUUGAGAUUUAAUA